GCCUCUCAAGAUAUAAUACUCGUGAUUAACUGGUGGAUUUCUUUGUCGUUAGAACAUUAACAUUCUCAGGAAACUAACAGACUGCCGCCAUGAAUGGGGCGGUAGUAAAAAAAACCCAGGAUACACUGGGGAAAGUGAUAAAGAAACCACCACUCACGGAAAAACUGUUGAGCAAACCACCGUUUCGAUACCUUCACGACAUCUUCAGUGAGGUGAUCAGGACCACUGGUUUCAUGAAAGGCCUGUAUGGAGAGAAUGAUAUGAAGUCAGACAAUGUUAAGGACAAGGAUUCAAAGAUAGCCUUCCUUCAGAAGGCGAUAGAUGUAGUGAUGCUGGUGAGUGGCGAGCCCCUGGCAGCCAAGCCGGCACGCAUUGUGGCUGGUCAUGAGCCUGAGAAGACCAAUGAGCUACUGCAGGCUAUUGCCAAGUGCUGUCUCAACAAGCUGCCGAGUGAGGAAGCAGUGAAGCGUGUGUUGGCGGGAGACAAGCUGGACAUGAAAACAAAGGCCAGCACUUCCCGAUCUCAGGACAAGGAGAACAGAGAGGGACGUGAACGUCACCACGACAGAGAGGAGAGGAAGGAGAUCACGGAGCACAGUGGGAGCCAGGACCGGAAGGACCUAGAUCAGCAUAAGGAACAAGAGAGCCGGAGGAGAGAGGGAGAAAAGGAGCACCGGCGUGACGGGGAGCGCUCUGACAAGCACCACCGGAGUGAGCGGGAUCGCACCAAAGACCGUGACAAAGACAAGAGCCGUGACCGCGAACGAGACAAAGACAAAAGACAAAUGAAGGACAGGGAAAGGGAGAAAGACAGAGAUAGAGAUAAAGAGAAAGAUAGGGGGAAAGAGAAAGACCGGGAAAGGACUAGAGAAAGGGACUCCCAGAGAGAGAGAGACCGAGACCAUGAAAAAGACAGGGAGAAACGACGGGACCGAGACAAAGAGCGGGAGAAGGACAGAGAUCGACACAGAGAAAGUGAUGGAAGAAACAAGGCUCUGGAGAAAGGCAAUAGGAAGACCAGGAUUUCAGAAGAACCACGACAGAAGACUCACCCAGAAGAGCCCAGCAAAUCAGCCAAACCUGUGUCAGCAUCUGACAGUCCAGCCAGAAUACCUCGGCCCUCAUCUGCCAAAGGGCAGAGACGCAGGCCCAAAGUCGGGGGUCAAGAUGAGUCUGACAGUGAAGGAGAUGGAGAUGCUCCAUUAGCUGAGAGACCUUUACCCCAGGAGAAUGGAGAUGCCACAGAGUCUAUAGUGCCACCCCACAUGGACAACAGUAACAAGCGGAUCCCACGGCCCAGCAGCGCUCGUCCAGCGCCCCCACGGAUCAAGAGACAGGAGAGCUACACAGACGUUAUCCCACCCGAGAGGCUGGUCAGUGCCAAGCCUUUGGCAACAGUCAUUAUGGAGGGGAAAAAGCUGUCUGAGGAUGAGGACGAUGAAGAUGAGCAGUUUUUAGUGGAAGAGACUGCCCCUCCACCUUCAGAGAUCCCCAAGAUGAUGGUCAGGCCUACAGAGGAACUAGAUGAGGAAGAGAAGCAUGGCGGGCUCGUGAAAAAAAUUCUUGAGACCAAGAAAGAUUAUGAAACAUCAACAGCAUCUUCACAAUUGAAAGACCAGAGUGUGGUGUCUGAGGCGGCACGAAAGAAGGAGCGGGACCUGGUGUCGCGGGAGCUUGAGCGGCUGCGCUCAUCCAUUCAGAUGGUGUGCCGCAGCGCUCUGCCCCUGGGUAAAAUCAUGGACUAUUUCCAGGAGGACAUGGACGCCAUGCAAGCUGAGCUGCUAAACUGGCGACGGGAGAACAAGGAGCACGCUCAAGCCCUGCUUGAGGAGCAGAGAGCUACAGAUUGGGCAGUGGAGCCCCUUAAAGCCGAACUUGCUGAGCUUGAGCAGUUGAUGAAAGACCAGCAGGACAAGAUCUGUGCUGUCAAGUCCAACAUCCUAAAGAACGAAGACAAGAUCCAGAAGAUGGUGACGGGGAUUAGCUUCUCCGGUGGAACCUGAGGGACACAAAUAAGGCCCAAUGGAGUGGGAUCAAAAACUGCACUUUCUGAAGGCUUCGGGAAAAGGAGAUGGCCCCCAUUAAUAUACAUAUUACCAGCCAUUUAGAGUGUAAAUAAACCUGAUUUGGAGAACCUAUCCUCUAAUAAAAAGAAAAGACAUUUGACUUAUCAAAAGCUCAUAGCUAGGGGUAAAUUUUGAGACACAUCAGCCACUGUGGCUGGCGGACAACAUUUUCCUGCCCUGCGAACUACACUAACCCAAUCUUUUACCAUCUAUUUUUCAAUUUAUGGUGCCUUUGUGGAAUGAGCCAUUGUACAAACCUAGAGUUGGAC